AAAAGUCCUUGGCAAAUAAUAGCUUUUUCUAUGAAAAGUUAUUAAAAAAAGAAGACGAAAUUACAUUGUUCUAUUAGUGAAGUUUACAUUAACAUUAAUAAACAAAUCAUGGCGCCGCACGGUAAGUGUUGUGGAGAUUCAUCUCAUCAUCUUGAAUCGGAUGAAAUCGGAAUUCAUUACAGUUUAUAUAAUAAAAUAGAUAAAGAAAAUUUGGAAUGUUUAAAUGAAACUACUGAAGGAUCUGGAAAAACCGUAUUUAAACCAUGGGAAGAACGAUUAAACUUCGAAAUGUUCGUAGAAUCAGACGCAGAUGAAGAAUUAUUGUUCAAUAUUCCAUUUGUCGGAAACAUUAAAUUAAAAGCUAUAAAAGUUAUAGGAGAAGAUUCAGAUACACAUCCUUCUAAAAUGAGACUGUUCAAGAAUCGUCCAUCUAUGACUUUUGAUGAUACUAGUUGUACAGCUGAUCAAGAAUUCGAAUUGGUUCACGAUACCAAUGGAAUCGCCGAAUAUGUAACAAAGGUUGUGACUUUUAAUAACGUAAAUCAUCUAACGUUACAUUUUCCUAGUAAUUUUGGAGCGAGUUCAACCAAAAUUUACUACAUAGGUCUAAAAGGGGAAUAUUUCGAAGCACAUCAUCACGGUGUGACAAUUUGUACAUACGAGGCAAGACCGAUGCCACAAGAUCACAAAAAUCCUUUAACUGAAUUUUCUGCAGGUCAAUUAGGUGGUCAAUAAUUUUGCCGUUUCAUAAGACUAAAUAUUAUUUGGCUGUGAAUGUCUAAUUGUCGUAUCCAUAGAAAAAAAUUUUUUUCUUAGAAAAAUGUGUCAAAUUUUUUUUCAAUAACAUAAGUGAAUAAACAGAUUUUGAAUUA